AUGUACUUCCUUCUGCUAUCCUUGCUUGCUUCACUUGCAACAGCUACACCCUUAGUCAAAGUACGCCGUAGCAAUGCCAUCACCAACAAAUGGAUUGUCAAACUCAAGGACAAUGUCGCUACUAUGGCUGUCGAUGGCGUGAAAGCAGCCCUUUCCACCGAGCCCGACUACCAGUAUUCGAUGCCUGGCUUCCGAGGGUUUGCAGGAACUCUGUCCGAAGAGGAGGUAGCGUUGCUACAAGCUUCUGAUCAAAUCGAGUAUAUUCAGCAAGACGCUCAAGUUUACACGACGGCACUUGUCAAGCAGCUGAAUGCUACUUGGGGAAUAUCUCGUAUUUCGCAUACGAAGCCGAGCGAAGCCACUUAUCUCUACGAUUCCAGUGCUGGAGAAGGAACUUGUGCUUAUGUGAUUGAUACAGGCGUCGACAUUACGCAUCCCGAGUUCCAAGGACGCGCCUUCUUUCUGGCAGAUCUCACUCAUGAAGGUAAUUUUGUAGACGGUUAUGGUCAUGGAACGCACGUCGCCGGGACGAUUGGAUCUACCACUUGGGGCGUAGCGAAGAAAACUACCAUCUUUGCUGUGCGAGUGCUCGACUCCAAUGGCUCGGGUACGAACGCUGAUGUGAUUGCGGGAAUGGAGUUCAUCUUGCGAGAUGCAAGAGAGCGCAGGGGAACGGAUCAGUGUCGCAAUGGCUUUGUUGUCAACAUCAGCUUAGGAAGUGAAAAGCUUCCAGCCUUGAAUGAUGCUGCCGCAGCUAUGGUUGCCGAGGAUAUCUUUCUAGGAGUUGCAGCAGGUAACGACGGCGUUCCGGCUGAUGAUUUCUCUCCAGGGUCCGAGCCUUCGGUCUGCACUGUAGGAGCAACGGCGCCGAACGAUACACUUACCUCAUGGUCCAAUCAUGGUCCUCGGAUCGAUAUUCUGGCUCCCGGCCUAGACAUCACUAGCACUCUUCCCAACGGUGUGGUUGACUCGUUUUCUGGUACAAGUAUGGCAGCUCCGCAUGUUGUUGGACUUGCAGCGUAUGUGCUCGGACUCGGGUCACCAUCAAAGGAUCUAUGCGGUACAAUCGCUGCCUUGGCGAUUAAGAAUGCGAUCGAUCAAGAUACGCUUCCAAAAGGGACACCGAACCUGCUGGCGUUCAAUGGCGCCGAUGCCAGCCAGAAGCGUAUGAAGCAUCUAUAG